UCAUCACUACGACAGGCAGAGCCGAAGGCUGGACUCGGUAUACCCAGUGUACUACAUCACGUUCACUAAUUGCACCAUCUGUGGAGUGUGUUGUUUUGCUUGUUUUUACAAAGAAACCAAAUCGCUGUAUUUAGCAGAUGGGAGCGUGCGGCCAGCUAUAACUCAAAGUGCUUCAACAACUACUUUUCUAAGUUGGACAAAUAAAAACUUCUGAGAGACACGGCGGAGGACACACGGACACAUUUAUUUAUCUGUUUAUUUAUUUCUUUUUUCCUGAGUGCGCGUACUGUUCUGACGCGCGGACUUACUUCACGGUUAUCAUUACCACUUUAUCACAGUUUUUUUUUCCUGCAUCAGACGGAAAGGAGGAGGAGGAGGAGGAGGAGGAACAGGAGGUGGACCCACGCUCAAGUCGCCGGUCUCGUGGCUUCUUUGUAUACAGCAGCGGCAGCAGCAGCAGCAGCAGCUGUGUGUAAAUGCAUGGGCGCACAGCGUCUAACACUGCUCCUUGAGGGACAGCUUAUUCGGCACAGUCCAACCUUCACGUGGACUUCCUCAGAAAUGAAGCGACUGAACCAGGUGUAGAAGAGGAAUAUCCAAACUUUACCCGAACCUCUUUUUUUUUUUCCUUUCCCUCCCCUUUACCUCCUCUCCUCCCUUCCUCUCGCAGUGUUUCAUUUAGCCCAACAAAGCUUGGGUCAGUUUCACCGUCUCUCUUUUUCUCCGUUUCUCUCUCUCUCUCUCUCUCUCUCCUGUGCGCUUGGAUUGUAAACGGCAGAAACAAACUGAUCUCCGUGCAGAGUACAGCCACUGCUGUACACACAUACACACAUACACACACACACACACACACACACAAACACACCAUGGAUGUAAGGUUUUAUCCGUCUGCUGGUGGGAAUUCUAUUCCAGGAGAUCCACCAAACCUGGAUUUUGCCCACUGUUUGGGCUACUACAACUUCAAUAAGUUCCAGAAUAACAACAACUACAUGAACAUGGCUGAGGCGAACGGUGCCCUGCUCGCUGCUGGUGAUACUUUUCAUACACCCAGCUUGGGAGACGAGGAGUUUGAGAUUCCUCCCAUUACACCUCCACCUGAGACGGAGUCUGGUCUGGGUCUAUCCGAAGUGGACUCACCUUUCCCUGCAAUGCCAGAGCCCCCGGUUCCACACAGGGGUCCUUUAAUUCCUCAGUUCCCCCCUCAGAGCCUGGAUCUGCCCUCUAUUACCAUCUCACGCAACAUGAUGGAUCAGGAAGGGAUGUCUGUCAACAACGGCCAACCAGUGAAUGUUGGACCAGGCCAUCUUCGUCAGUACCCACCGAACCCAGCCAUGGUGAUGAAGUCCAUCAUUAGCAUGAACAGCCCCAAUGGAAUGAUAUCACGGAAUCAGCUGACUACCAUCAACCAAUCCCAACUCAACGCGCAGCUGAGCCUAAACAUGGCAGGACCAAACAUCACCCAUACUUCCCCAUCACCACCUGCCAGCAAGUCUGCCACACCGUCUCCCUCCAGCUCCAUUAACGAAGAUGACCAGGAUGAAGGCAACAGGGUCAUUGGGGAGAAGCGACCAGCCCCCAUAGAUCCCACAAAGAAACCCAAGACUCCAAAGAAGAAGAAGAAGAAGGACCCCAAUGAGCCUCAGAAGCCAGUGUCAGCCUAUGCCCUGUUCUUCAGAGACACCCAGGCCGCUAUUAAGGGUCAGAAUCCCAAUGCUACCUUUGGAGAGGUAUCCAAGAUUGUGGCCUCCAUGUGGGAUGGUCUGGGAGAGGAGCAGAAACAGGUUUACAAAAGCAAAACAGAAGCUGCCAAGAAAGAAUAUUUAAAAGCCCUUGCUGCAUACCGUGCUAGCUUGGUUUCUAAGGCUGCAGCAGAAUCAGCUGAAGCCCAGACUAUCCGGUCAGUACAGCAGACCCUGGCCUCCACCAGUCUGUCCCCAGGGCUGGUGCUCCCUUCACCUCUCAACCAGCACCCCUCUAUGUCAUCGGCUUCCCAGGCUCUCCAACAAGCCCUACCCAGGGCUAUUGCCCCCAAACCUCUGCAGAUGAGACUAGGGGGCAGUCAGAUUGUGACCUCGGUUACAGUCUCCCACCAGAACAUGUCCUCUGGGAUGCCACCGCAGAUGCUCGGUCAGAUGGGUGCUGGAGGGGCCAUGGUGGCAGGUGCCCAAUCCACAGCGGUGUCUCAGAUGAGCCCACCCAUGCAACCUGUGCAGCAGCAUGCAAUGCAGCAGCUCCAGCAACAGCAGCAGAUGCAGCAGCACCUCCAGCACCAUCAGAUGCAGCAGCAGCAGAUGCAUCACCAGCAGAUCCAGCAGCAGAUGCAGCAUCAGCAUUUUCAACACCACCUCCAGCAACAGCUGCAGCAGCACCACAUGCAACAGCAGCAGCAGCAGCAGCAGCAGCAGCAGCAACAACAUCAACAUCAGCAUCAACAUAUUCAUCUCCAGCAGCAACAACAGCAGCAGCAGCAGCAGCAGCAGCACCAGUCCCAGUGUUCCCCACCCCAGCACUCUCCUGGUACACCCCAUUCAGUGGGAGGCUCUGCAUCACUUGGCAGCCCCCAGCCGGCACCACAGCAACAACCACACCCAUCUCAAAUCCAGGCCCACGCCCAGGUCCUGUCGCAGGUCAGCAUUUACUGAGCCAAAUGGAAAUCCUAUCUCAAAGAACAGGAAUAGAAUAAAAGCAUCAUUCCACGUUGCUUUUCUAAGUUGCACUUAAGAAGUGUGUAAGAUUUAGAAUGUUAUACAAAGAACUUGUCCAUUGUUAUAGACGGAUAUGCACACGCGUGUACAGGGGGUAAACAUGUUAACUGGGAUAUUUCUGUCAUAGGCUUAGCUAUGACAGAAGCCUGUUAGGGCAAGCGCCCAGUGAUUGUUUGUUUGUAUGUUUGUUUGUUUGUGAGGUCUUUCAGUUGUCAAUUUAAACUGACUGGGCACACAAUAUGUUGAAAGACACGUCUUUCACUGUUUUAUUUAACAAUAAAGCUUUAUUUAUGAGACCUGAGUUGUCAGUGCACCACAGAAAAAGACUUUUUGAAUGCAUUUCAACAAAAGGAUUUCUAUCAGCUCUUGCCUGGACUGAAUGACUCACAGGAUCCUUGCUGGAAACCAGUAACCCACACAUCAGUCUUUGUUCCCACACUGGCCAGUAUAUAGCGAGACUUUCUUUACUCCAACCUUUCUCUUUCACACAUCAUUCUCGCAGAUGUAACUGUUCAACAAUGGCUCGGAGGAAACAGUUGAUCAAAUCAUCAGACGUUGGAGGCCCAGUGAUAUUUGAACACAUAAAAAACCAUGUCACAAAUGCAGACAAUGUCUUGAAGAAUAAGGGGAAGUGAAAAUAAAAGGUCUUGGAACACAGAUCUCUGGAUGAACAACUGAAGAGACUGAGACAGAAACUGUCAUAAAUCAUUUAUGUCAUCACAUCAUCAAACUGUAGCUGUAAUCUGCUGUACAUGUUUUGUAGAGUGAGGAGAGACGAGACCUCCUUUAUCCAGUAAACGACCCUCCAGAUGAUUUGCCCAAAAGCUUGUAACUGGCACCCCCAAAAAUUUCUUCUUUAAUCUUAUUUGUUCUUACUUCAGAUGUUUAACAAUUAAAUUAUGUUUUUAUUUUGUGUAACAAAGGGGAUAUUUUAUGGUAAACACAAAUUUCUGGAUCAAGGCAGAUGGUUUGGGGAUUGAUGUAUUUUUACUCUGCUCCUUGAUACCGUCAUUGUUUUAAAAAAGGAAAAAAAAGAAAACUAGCAGAGCCAGUUUGUUGCACUGCCAAAGCCAACUGACAAGGCAUCGGAGGUAUUUUUGCCAGCUGUACAGAAGUCCCUGAAAAAAAA